AUCACUUGAGUGUGGUUUUUUUCAGAGUGGGGAGUGAGUUAACCUCUAACGAAGAGCUCUUCGAAGAGCUGAGCAGAUUACCAUUUGGUGCCAAUCAUCGUCGUCUUCAUUUAGCCGCUGCUGAAAGGUACGAAUUAUGAUCGGAAAUAGCAGCAAUGACAGAUUCAAAUCUGGAGUUUUUGAUUUGGCUGGGGACUAGGCUUUCUAUCGGAAUUUAGACUCAAUCACUUCAAAUUUCUGACAUUCGAGAAGUGUUAGGGUUCCAUAGUGAAGGCAAAUGUCAAAUCCGGCUUCGAUUGCCAAGCUGUUUAGACAUAUCAGCCAACAUUCAUUGAUUAGAAAGAGUACAUUUUCAUGCUCCUACAGAACAGUUGCUCGAUCUCCUCUAGUCUCCAGCCAAAGCCAUGCGAAUGCAGCUGUAUCUGCAAAUCCCAUGAUCAAUUAUCAAGAAUAUCCCAAGUUUUCAGGGAAAGACAGUGGAAGUGAGCAGAAACAACAGAUAGGACAACAUGUUUCAAGAAAGGAGAAGACCAGCUUUCUAUUACAGAUGCUGCGAGACCUCGAGGAUAGUAAAGAGGGCAUCUACAGUGCCUUGGACGCGUGGGUUGCAUGGGAACAGAACUUCCCAAUCGGCCCUCUAAAGCACAUUCUACUCACACUUGAGAAUGAGCAACAAUGGCAUAGAGUUAUCCAAGUUAUAAAGUGGAUGUUAAGCAAAGGUCAAGGCAACACAAGAAGUACUUACGGGCAGCUAAUUCGGGCAUUAGAUAUGGACCAUAGGGCAGACGAAGCGCGUGAAAUUUGGAGGAAAAAAAUUGGGUCAGACCUGCAUUCGGUGCCAUGGUCAUUGUGCAGUCUGAUGAUUUCGGUGUAUCAUCGAAACGAUAUGCUGGAGGAUCUUGUGAAGCUGUUCAAGGACUUGGAAGCGUUCGGGCGAAAACCACUAGAGAAGUCUAUAGUGCAGAGAGUGGCUGAUGCAUAUGAAGUGCUGGGCUUAGCCAAGCAUAAAGAGUGCUUAAUGUUGAAGUACAAGGAUCUCUUCAAUGAGACGCCGGAUGGGCGCCCCAAGAAAUUUAGGGGAUUUCAGACCAAGAGGAAAGGAGAAGCAAAGAAGGAAAGGUUGAGGAAAGGGUUUUCUUAUUGAAGCUAAUCCAUAACUCAUUAUAAAUUUCUUGGCACAAUAUAGAGUGUGUAUUGCU